GCCUAUUGCCCCUGAGAAUUUCAUCCGGCGGCGCGGCGAAGCUCGUGUGCCGGCGCAGAUCAGUCGCCCGCGCAAUCAGCCGUCAUGGCAUAGCUUCGCCUUUGCUUCCCGACGCACCCCCAUCGCCGGGACUCUCAACUGCGCCCUCUCCGUCAAUCAUUGACCGGCGAGACAUAUCCAGGCAGCAUGCGCGCCUGUCCUUCCUGAUCGUCUCCACUCCUGCGCCGCGUGUCACUGUUCCAGAAGACGCGCCCGCUGCCCUUCCACCCUUCCCCCGCGCGCUCAAUCCUCUUGGAGAGCCUGCAUGCGAAAAUGUUUAGGUAGUGCUGCGUCAAGCCCGACCUCCUGCCCGUCCAUGGAUGCUGAAACCCGCGCCAGAGUCUAAAUUGCCUGCCUUUCCUCCUCCGUCCGCCGCUUUCCUCUCUUUCCGACGACGCUCGCUUUCGCCAUGGCUCCCUCCAAGUUUUCCUUCCACCUCCACCACCGCCGCCACCGCGCCGACAAGGACAAGGAGCCCGAGAGACUCGCGACCCCGGCCUACUCCGUCCGAUCCGACGAUGUCUCCUCACAACCCUCCAAGGCAGAGAGGCUCCUGGGCACCGGUCUGCCUGGGCGCCACACUGGAUCUGCCGCUUCAGUAGCAGUGGGAAACCCGUACCUGUCUGCCCCGCACGCCUUGUUGGACACCAAGCAAACCUAUAUGAGCAGUCUCUCGCUGCCUGAGAGACGCAAGGGAUCGGCGACCUCCGCCGACGACCUCGUACCACCGCGUUGGCAGUCGCACACCCUCUACCAUCGCCCGUCCUCGAACGUCCUGGGGCCCAGCGCUGGAGCCGACGAAGCUGACGGCGAUGGCCGUUCUGGUUCCGUUAGCAGCACAGGCUACAGCAAGACACUGCAUUCGCAAAAGUCGUCUACCACCCUGCAGUCCCACUACGAUCCUAGAAGGCCACCGUUGCCGGUAUCACAGCAGACGUCGGCAUCCGCCAUGCGGGACGGCGGUCUGCGUAGGGGUCACACGCCCCUACAUCAGAGCACGACGAGCGUCGAUCAAAUCAGCACGCACAGUUCCACAUACGAAGAGUACGACAACGAAUCUGGAAAGUCAAGCCGAAAGAAGAAGCCAGCGCGGCUAGACUUGUCCAAGCUCUUCCCAAAAGCACCAAAGGCAAAGUAUGACAACGUCCUGCUUUCCCCAUCCUUGUUCGUUAGCUUACCUGCUCCCCUUUUAGCUCCUCGCAGCAUUAUCCCCAAUCACUAUCCCCCGAUGAACACUCGGAGCGGAGGGCGCCGUCUUUUAGCAGCACCAAAACUGGGGAUACCUUCCGCGAUAAUCGCUCUGUAGCGUCUUCCCAAAAGGACAAGUCCCAGCCCGAAAACUACGACAACGCAAAAGUUAACAUUCGACGACCGCCUGCCGGAAUUCAGCACUGGUUCGAAGGUCUGAGUGACGACAGUGAUGAAGCGGAGGAGGAACGAGAACCACCAAGAGGAGCUGAGAGGGAUUGGGCGAGAGCAAAGGAAGUGUUUGCGCAGCGGAGAGAGCCCGAAACCUACGGUCAUGAACGACAACCGUCGAAUGCAGGCAGAAAAUCAUCUGAGCAGCCAAUACCGGCAAAUGC